UCACUUCUUGGACGACCGUGACCACCACCGAACCCAUUUGGAUAAAUUCCCACACCUCGCUCUUUCUUUUUAUAUCUAAAUAUCUUGCCCACCUCCCGGCCGUGCAGAAAAGACAACGCCCCACCCUCUUCACUCCUCUCACCCCUUCGUUCCAGGGCUUGAAUCAAGCCCUAAACCUCUCCUUCCUUCCGGUACCCCAUUGAAAUCCUAAGAAGUCAUUAGCAAUCCAAAUCCAUGGACGUCGACAACUGGGAUCUGGAGGCGGUAGUGAGGGGUUGCUGCUUCAGAAGACCAUCAACGAGGACCACAUCGACGGCGACGAUGACAGAUCCCUUCUCUUCCUUCGCUUCUCUAGUCCUAAAGGGGGAACAAGGAGAUGGAGAAAAAGACCACCUUUUUGGCUUUCCUGACAUCAUGGACACGGAAACCGCUUUCCGUGACCUGGAAGAUCUCUGCAAGCCCUUCUUCCACACACCCCAUCAGCAACCAUCACAGCAGCAAUCCCAGCUCUUCCCACAGCAAAGUAGACCAUCCUCCUCUCCUGCCGUGGCCGAUCCUUGUCAAACCCAGCAACAGUGGAGUCCGCCUCAACGGCCAUUAGAAGCUAACACCCCUCGUUCCAGAAGAAGGAAGAACCAGCAAAAAAGGGUGGUCCGCCAUGUCCCCGCCGACGGCCUCUAUUCCGACAUGUGGGCUUGGCGCAAAUACGGCCAGAAACCCAUCAAAGGCUCCCCAUAUCCACGGGGAUAUUAUAGGUGCAGUAGCUCGAAAGGGUGCUUGGCGAGGAAGCAGGUGGAAAGGAGCCGGACCGACCCAGCGAUGCUGGUCGUCACCUACACCGCCGACCACGACCACCCCCUUCCCACGCACCGCAACUCUCUCGCCGGAAGCACCCGCCAGAAGCUCCCCCCUCCCCCGGCGCCCGCCGCCACCUCCCCUUCCGCCUCAGGCGGCGGCCAAGACGGGGACCGGAUGCCGCCCUUCAGCACACCGUCAUCGUGCGUGGAGGACGAGCACCUCCGGCAGCGGAAGGGCGAGGAGGAGGAAGACGAGGAGGAAGAGGAGGUGUUAACUGUGGCAGACAUAGAGAUGGUGGGGGAGGAGGACGUGCUCUUCUGGGAGUUUGAACAGGGCGGUGGGCGGAGGGGCGUGGGCGCCAGGGAGUUGCCGGCCAUCUCGGGCUUCUACGCUGACGAAGGUGGCUAUGCGGAUCAUUUCUUUGCUUCCACUUGGAUGGCAAACAGCAACGCUGCGGCGGCAGCUUGGGGUAGUUAGACAAGCAAAUUAGAGAGAGGCUUGGAAGCAUCGGAGCCUGAUGCUUGCCAGAAUUACAGCGUUCUCACUGUUUUGAUAUUUUUGGCCUUUUGCUGUCUAGUGGGAAAGAGACAAAAAUAUCUCGCGAUGCUCUCUUUUUAUCUAAUAUCUCCAAAGUCUAGCUACGUGGUAACUGGUAUUAAUCAAAGCAUGAUGAUGACCUGCCGAAUAAUCUUUUCCUCCAGCUCCUAAUGUUUCUUCCUUGUAGUAUUUGUACUUUAAUUAUAUUAAAAGAUUAGUUACGUAUAUUGAUUGUGGCGAUGGGCGUUUGAUUUCGAUAAA